UUCUUGUUCACGCAGUUCUAACCCUCCUCUGCUUUCGCCCAAAACCCUAGUAGAGAGAGUUAGUCUCAGAGCUUCUCAAAAAAUGGUUCAGCGCCUCACUUAUCGCACGCGUCACAGCUACGCCACCAAAUCAAACCAACAUCGUAUCGUCAAGACUCCCGGAGGGAAACUCGUGUACCAGAAUACUAAGAAGAGAGCGAGUGGGCCUAAGUGUCCCGUCACUGGCAAGAGGAUCCAAGGGAUUCCUCACUUGAGGCCUGCUGAAUAUAAGAGGUCUAGGUUAUCUCGUAACCGAAGGACUGUUAACCGGGCUUAUGGUGGAGUGCUGUCUGGAGGUGCUGUCAGAGAAAGGAUCAUUCGAGCCUUUUUGGUGGAAGAGCAAAAGAUUGUGAAAAAGGUUUUGAAGAUUCAGAAGACAAAGGAAAAGCAGGCCUCAAGGAGUUAAGGUUUGAAGCCUAGCGACUUUGAAGCAGCUUUAGUGUAAUUUUGACUAUGGCAGAGUGGCGAAUUAUGGAAAAGUAAUGAGGUUUUCUGAUUUGGAUCUUCAUUUUGCAUUUUUCUUUGGCUGGUUUAAUGCAUAUUCUAAUUUUGUCGACAAAUCCUUUGUGCUAUAGAUUUUGAUUUUUGCUGUGUGGUGCCAUAUUAGUUUUCUUAUUCUGUCAUUUUCUUAAAGAUCGACACAGAUGCUUCGUUAAGAAAUGAUUUGUGAUUUA